AGCGAGUUGUAGCCAGUGAGGUGUGGAGAAGGCCCAGUUCCAUAGGUGUCACAAGAGAGAAUGGGCUUGGCCCCAUCACCAGAGAUGCUUCCCUCUUCUCUCUCUGCUUUUUGCAUGUGUUACCACUGCAUUAGCCAGAGCCCCCUGAGAAACAGAGCUUUCAGAAGUGCCUCACUCCCUUUAGAGAACUUGCACAGCAAUACUCACAGGUUGAUAAUGCUUGGAUCAUGUAGAGCAAUCAGGGGAUGAGUAUGCUUUGUGCCACCUAUCAGACAGGCCCAUCAACACAGAGGAACAGUUGAAAUUGUCUUAAAAUAGCUCUGUAUUGAGCCAUUUGCAGUUUCCUUGAUAUUCAAAGAGAGUUAACCCAGCCAAACACCAGCUUUGAUCAAAUUCCUAAUACAGAAACAAAUAUGUGGUUAGCUCUGUUAGAAAUUCUGUUGUUCUGUUAGUAAUUCUGAGCUAAUCUAAUUUGGGAGAAUGAGUCUACUUGUGAGUCAGCAGUAUGAACACGACACUUUGCUGAUUGGUGAUCCACUGUAAUGCAGAGAGGUUUGGUAGCUAAUGCCUUGAGCAGGUGUCUGAGAAUAUCUGUGGAGAUUUUAUUGAUUACCUUGUACUGGAUUUGCCCAGAAUUAAAUAUGCUAAUACACAACCUAAGGAUCUUAUAUGGUAGUGAAAUUAUGAUGAUGAUCCAAGUGUCUGCUUUGGGCUGCUGUAUCUUAAGACUAAACUUAAAAGCAGAGAAACCUGCCCCCUUUGCAAUUUUCAUAUGGCCUUGAAACCUCUGUCGUGCUUAUGCUACAAAUAUGAGAUCAGUAGAUGCUAAUGAAGUUCUAUCAAAUGCUUCUUGGGCAUUACCACAGGAAGAAGCAAAAAACAGAAAAAGAAUCUAAGAUAGAAAUACAGAAGCAUCUCCCUGUGUUUGCUAAGGACAGUGGCUGAUCUGCAGCCAUCCCACUUGCCAGUGCUUUGAAUAAUUUCUGUGGUCCAAAAAAGAGAAUCCCAUGACUACCGGUGCCUCUUCAGAAUUUGCUUUGUCCCAAAGGAUCCCUUAGAUCUCCUGCAGGAAGACCCAGUUGCCUUCGAAUAUCUCUACCUGCAGAGCUGCAGCGAUGUGCUUCAGGAAAGGUUUGCUGUGGAAAUGAAAUGCAGUGUGGCAUUACGUCUGGCUGCUCUACACAUACAGGAGAGAAUCUACGCUUGUGCUCACCCACAGAAAGUAUCCUUGAAAUACAUUGAGAAAGACUGGGGAAUUGAAAACUUCAUCUCACCAACUUUGCUUCGAAACAUGAGAGGGAAGGAUAUCAAGAAAGCCAUCAGCUACCAUAUGAAGCGGAACCAGAUCCUGCUGGACCCUCGGCAGAAGCAUAUGCUCGCAGCAGUCCAAGUGCGUCUGAACUACCUACAAAUCCUGAGUGACCUGAAGAUGUUCAAUGGGAAGAUCUUUAAUGCCACCCUGAUGCUACAGGACAGAGAAUCAUACGUUGCAUUGCUGGUGGGUGCCAAGUAUGGGGUGAGCCAGAUUAUCAAUAGCAAGCUAAACAUCAUAACAAGUCUGGCAGAGUUUGCAAACAUCAGCAGGGUGGAGCUUACUGAGGAGUCUGAGAAAGUGAGCAUGGUAAAAAUCUACCUACAGGAUCUGAAGAUGCUGACUCUGCUGCUGGAAUCAAACAGUGCAAAAGAUCUUGUUUGCCUCAUCAUUGGCUACUACAGACUGUUCGUGGAUGCGAAUGCCUCCAUAUUUACUUGGGGAGAGAAAAGACAGCAACUGCACCGUGUCUCAGCUGAAGAAGGAUACGAAUCUCGAACGUGCAGUGAUUCUGAAGACUCCUGGGAACUGGAUUCCUCCUCAGAGCAUUGCUUGGGCAUGCCUGCAGCAUACAGCAGCACCCCUCCUGAGUGCGAGAAGGAGCUGGGAGAGCUUCACAGCCGAGAGAAGGACAGUACAAAGCCCCAAGCUGGAGGAAGUGAACAACAUGAUGCGGGUGGCAACACAACAGACAGUACAUCUGAGGCUUCGGAUUCAGCCAACACAGAGAGCCGAGGGUUUAAGACAAGUGGCUCAAGUGACUCAAUGGAUGCACUAGAGGAAGAUGAGUUGGAAGCUUGCUCUUCCUCCAGGCCAGAGUUCUUCCACUUCUACACACCAACUGUGCACGAAAUGAACAACUCAGAUGAGAGCUUCUUCCCCGUUUGUGCUGCAGAAGGCUCCAGCAGAGCAGAAACCGGGGACUUCUUCUGUUUCUUGCACGUACCAGAAGCAGAGGAGCAUGGAUGUGAGCACAGCCCCUGGGAAGAGAGAGGAGUGGACAUAGGUGUGUCUGUGCUAGGGGCCAAGCCACCAGAGAGAAAUGCCAUGGGCUAUUAUAGCCUGUGUUGCAGCGUAUCCCCUGCAGGCAGUGUAGAGAAAAGCAACAUCAGUCACAGCACUGGAAGAAGGCCUUGGAAAGAUAUGUCUGCCCAGAAGGAGGCACACUGUGGAGCACAGCAGGUAGCAGAAGCAAGUGAUCUUAUUUUGGAGCCACCCCCAGGCUUUGGUGACACCAGCUCUGAGGAAGAGUUCUACGAUGCUGCAGACAGCCUCAGCCCCAUAGACACGCUGGCAGCAGGCUACAAGAUGAUGUCCCAGGAAGGUAUAGAUAACUCCUGCAUCCUAAAGAAACCAAGGUGUUACAGCCUGGGGGAAAACCUAAUGACAAGGCAGACAACAAGAGAGAAGUAUGGAAAGGAGAAGCAGCUGACAUAUGCCAAGAGCCUGAGGAAGAGGAGAUCUUUUAUGAAAACCAAUUACACCUCACAGGUCACUUUCCCACUGGCUUUACCAGACUCUCUGCAGAGCUACUGCACUUCGCCACCCACACCACCACUGCUUGCUCAGCCCCCAGAUCCACCCUCCCCAGAGAACUUCAAGAAGGAUGCAGAAUCAGGACUUCCUGCUGCCACCCAGGCCCAGAGAGACAGUGCUAGCACAAACCCAUCCGCUGACAUGAUGGAAAUGGAGCCUGACACCAUGGAAACAAAGUCAGUGACUGACUUGGUGGUUUCUUCCAUUUCAGCUGUUCGCCUGCAGGGUGACCACAGGGAGGAGAGUGCAGACGUUGCCAUACCUGUGGAUGACCUUUGUCCAGCACGUGCUGUAUACCCACCUUCCUUGUUCCUGGAGGAACCUAUGUACCUUCACAGGGAACAAAGCAGAGCUGUCCAGGAAAGUCCCACAAUGAAGGUAGAUACUGGGUGGCCAAGUGAUGACAGUUGUGUGAACAUCGGAGAUUGGCUGGCCCAAGCAGCACUGGGAGGGGAGGUUGAGAUGAUGGUAGCCAAGCAUGAGGCUGGCAAUGUCCCCCUGCUCCAGGUCCAAGAGGUGACUUGCCCUGCUAAUGAAUGUACUCGGCCAUCUUCAUGCCGUGGUGCCAGCCUGGCCAUUCCUCAUGGGGUGACACAGGACCAGGAUCUGCUUCCUACCGCUGGGAGGCAAGCUGCAUGUGAGGAGCCUGUCCUGGCUCCCUGUGAGGAAGGAAAAGCUAACCUUGACAGCUGUGCUGACGAUAAGAGUGACCAUGCCUCAUCACAGGCAAAAAACAGACAAGAAAUAAACAAGGAGGCCUUACAGAAAGUGCACAGUAAAAAUCACAUGGGCUUUCCAGAUGCAACCCAGCUGUUAACAGAUUGCAGCAGCACAUCAGGGGUUAUAACUCGCCUCUCCUGGCUCUCAUUUGGUGCAAGAUCAGACCUAACAUCACCCAGCCCAUCUCAGAAGAGGAUAGAUGCCCCACUAGAGCUUUUGGACUCUCAGAGGACCAGUAGAUGCCUAGAGGUUGAUGCUGUCAGAAAGGAGAUGCAGACAUCCUCCGCUACGAUACCCUUUGAGAAAGAGUUGAAAAGCAGACACGGGCUGGAUGAAGGGGAGUCCAGAAAAGACACAGAAAAUGUUGCCCACGAACAGACUUGGUCUGUUCAGACUUCUCCCAGAGAAGAGGUUACAGAAGUGGAGAAAGACUCUGCCCUGACUCCUUCUCAAGGGCUUUCCAUCUCCUCAGGCCCAAUUCCCUUGGGCUCAUUGGAAAAAAGAGCAGGAGACCACAGGACUUCAAAUUACUCCUUCCUCUGCUUUAACCAUAAGAAGAAUGAGCAGGCACUUUCUGGACCCAUCAUGACCAGAUUUUGGGGAUUUUCCAUGAUGAAGACCUCUCCACCACAAUUUGGAAUCAACAAGUGCAGCUGUCAGCUAUCCUAUGUCAGCUGCUUCCACAAGCCUGAUGAAGAAGGAGAGCAAGAACCCACCAUUCCUGUGUGCAGCUUGUUUCUGCAGCCCCUCACUACCCCACCAUCCACCACCGACAGUCUUCCUGGGCCCUCUUUGGACAGUUACCCUGUGACCAUUGCUAGGGACAAGGCUGUGUGGGACCCUCAUGUCCAAGCCCUCAGCCAGCUGAAUGACCAAGCACAGAUGAGCCCUGCAGACUUCUCCUGCUUCCUAGCCUACACUACAGAGCUCCAGGAGGUUGUAGGAAACCUCUCGGGGAACCAAGCUACCCACCUGCAAGACCGAUGUGCUGAGCAGGGUGCUGAGAGCAAGGGUGCCCUUGGCUUAGCCUCCCAGGACCUGCUGUCCAGUUGCAAGGAGCUUCUGAAAAUAGAGCGGCCACUUGAAGAGCUGCAGGAUGCUUUGAGGGUGACAUUUGGGCACCUUGUUCAGCUGGCAGUGGCCUGCUUCCAGGUGACACACUGCCGGCUGUGCAGGCAGAGGCAGCAGGAGCUCAGGGCUGCGCUCAUGGAUGUGGUAGGCACCUAUCACCAGUUUGUGCAGGCUGUUCACCAGCAGCUUCACAGGCAAGGCUGCCCAGACCUGGGCACCACGCUCCUCACUCGCCAGCACACAGCCCUUACUGCUGCCAUGUUUUGCCUCCUGCAGCAGUUCAGGGCACCCCCAUUGUUUUGACAGGCCAUUUGGUGGCAGAUGGAUGUAGUGAGUGGAGAGGAGCUCAGACUUGUUCCCUCCAUGCAUUACCAGGCUCUCUUGCCUAGGAUGUUUAGACCCCCCCCCCAGCUCAGCAAAUAGUCAGGGAAGGGCAUGUCCAUGCACAUUGGCAACUGCCCAGUUCAAGGGUGGCCAUGGGGAAGGGCAUGCCCUGCUCUAGCCAAGCUUUGUGUAAUUCUGUGUACACAAGCGCUGUGUAAUAUGCAAACUCAUAGAGCACUUUAGUAACUUACAUAUCUAGCCUGGGGUUUGUCCCUCACCUCCUGAAUGCUUUGCAGAUGGCCAGUCUUAGGGUGGUGUCCUGGCCUUCUUCGGUCACCUGUGUAGAGUCUUUUGUCUGCCUUUCCUCAGUCCUUACAAACAUGCCAGGCAGAGAGAUGACCAAGCAGGCUCUGAAGCUGAGUGAGAUCAAAGCCCACCCUGGUCUGACAAAGAAACCCAGGCUGUUUAGUCCAGCCUCUGUGGCUGAGCUUGUGAUUGAAAACACUUCAGGGGAUAAAAAAUAUAUAUGCUGUUUAACUGCUUUUGCAAAAGUGGUAGAGAAGGUUUUCCCAGGCUGGGGAUACACCACAUCCUCUCCUUCUGAUGUGGUUUCUGCAUGUCAGCCUUAUCUUCUGUUUCCAUUUGCUGAUGCUAAAGAAAGUCCCUAAUCAGCAUCCUCUUCCCUUUGCCCCACUUGCCAUGAUAUAACAGCUAUUUAAGAAUCCCUGUCUUCCGAAAAAGGAAGUCCUAGGACUGAAAUACCAACCUGACAGCCAUUGAGAUGAGCCAUGAUGUUGGCCUCCCUUGGAGACAGCAAGCCCAUUUUCCCAACUUUCUUGUCAAUAGCUCGUCUUGCAUUAUAUGCUAGGUACGUAUGAGCUGUUAGCAUGUAAAUAUUUUCUAAGUUUCUAUGUUGUCUAGUCAAUCAGUGUGCCUUUCAGUGCUAGAGGCACAUCCUCAGCUCUCCAGUGAUAAAGAAGGCAGCAAAAGGCCCCUGAGUGCUGUUUUCUGACUUAGGAAUUUGUUUGCAGGGAUGGUGCUUCCAACAGUCCCUGCAGAUGAGCAUGCUCAGAGUGGAGGGGUCUGCCCAAGGCAGCAAAGGGGAGCAGGCAGACCCCCAGCUGCCUUGUUCCAUGCAAGGUCACACCCAUCUCCUCAUGUGCCCAGGCAGUGGGUGGUCAGGACUGUCCCAGGAUUCUGGAGUAAAGGACAAGUCCUUGCAGCUGAACCCUGGUGUAGGAGAUGGAGGCAGCUGAGGGUGCUGGUGGGUGGGUGC